ACACUCCCAUCAUUCUCCCUUCUCUGCUGGAAAAACUAUCAUCGUCCCCCAAAACCACGAAUUUCCUCCCCUGGCUCCCGUCUAGUUUAAGAGAGUUAGAACUUGGAAAUCUAGCGAUUGGAGAAUCAUUCGAUUUUUCCAGAAUGGGGAACUUGUUGACGUUGCGAGUAGACAGUUGUUGGAUGCCGGGUAGAUUUCGUGCCGUUAGGCUGAAGCCCCAAAAAAGAAUGCUGGACGCCCCGUUUCAGUUGAGAAUGGAAAGUUUGAGACAUUUAGAGAUGCGUAGGUGUGCGUUCACCUCAAAAGUGCUUGAUCUGUCGUGCAUGAAGAAUCUGCAAGAGGUACAUUUGCUUGGAUGCAAGUGGUUGGUCGAGAUCCGCGGCCUUGAAGAUUUGGGAUCCCUUUGCUCCCUAUCUGUCGUGGAAUGCAACUCCUUGGGAAGGUUGUCAGACUUAUGGAAAUUGAGAAAGCUAAGGAAGCUCAGGGUUGGAGAAUGUCCAAAGCUAAGAAGCUUGGAAGAUAUAAACCACUUGAAAUCUUUGCGGAAGCUAUGGAUUCACGAUUGCAGGUCGUUGGAGAGUUUGGCCGACACCUCAAAUCUGGAUUUAGAAUGUUCCACAGUCGAACGUUGCGAGCGGUUGGCCGACCGGAACAGCUAUUGCAGAUGUCACGAUAACAGAGAUUCGGCGCUUGCUGAACGCGACCACACUGGGUAUUUUUUAGCCGGUGAUGCUGAACCCGACCUGAUGAAGUCUGGCAAUUGAAUCCGGAUGCUGUGCAGAAAGUUUUCCCAUGAUCAGUAGUGGUAUCAAGUGCGACCCAUGGAGAUUGAAAGCCCAUUUGGAGAUGAAGGACAUAAAGAGUAGUACGUUGAGAAGCUCC